AUGAACGAAGAGGUCAACGUGCUAACACUGAAGCCCUUCUGCGAUGUCGUUGAAGAGGCCAAAACGGCCUUGGAAAAUGCUGGUGAAAACGAGUCCAUGCGCAAAGCGGCGAAGAAGCUUCUCAGAGAAGGCGAAAAGGCCGUCAAGCUAAUCGAACCCCAGUGUACCAAGCGACACACUGAAUAUGGCGACAGCUUUCUCAAUGCUCUGCGAGAAAAUGAAGAAAUUAAAGAGCCUCGAGCGACACUGAGCCGUCUGGUAUACGGCUUCGACGAAUAUGUCGAGGAAGACGAGUUCGAGGCCGAUAAGUAUACCGAACUCCAGGCCUUCACACGAGAGGUUGCGCUCAAAAUCUACGAGGUUUUAAUCAGCAUGAAGCUGCCCUCCAAAGACCACACACCACAAUCAUAUCUCAACGAGUUCUCCCCUCCCUCCUCGCCAAUGCCCCCGCCAAGCUUUCCUAUACCACCAACACCACCACGCUCCUCGGUUCAAAGCGCGACAGGUGCACCAUCUAGCCCAGGACCAGGCGCUCCGCGGCGCGCAACUCAGAGCGUCUACUAUGCUAAUGAAGAGCUUGAAAACUUCCGCGAUCGACAGCCUAGCAGCGUGAUAGCUCCAGAGGAUGAGCCAGUCGUCAGCCCCUCUCAGCUAGCUCCGCCCCCUCAGCAGCCGCCGCCACCGCGGCCACCCUCGGCCGACCCAUGGGACACAACCAUUGUCGGAUCAAGCGACGAGAUUGGAGUCACGACGGAAGGCGAGCCGGUUCCAAGGCGACCGCUCGUGCCACUUCCGUUGCCCAGCCGGCCUUACCACUCGGUAACAUCGCCAGCCAGUUCUGGCCAGCGCAGGCUCAGCCCGACACUCCAACGUCGUCCAAUAGGCCUAUCUUCUGGGCAAGAGCAAAGAGCCUCUGAUACCGAUCCCUAUGACGAAGCAGAAUGGCGCCGCCUCACGCAUCAGCAUUAUGGCUACCAACAGAACAGUCCACAGCGGAGCCCGCUACAUCUUAACACAAAGCUCGAGCCGUUCCAGGAGGAAGAUGGCAAUGACAAUCAUGCCGCCGAUAGUGGUAAAUCCGUUAAACCUACAAAUUGGACGCAUCACACGCACCAGGUGUCGCUAGAGUCUGGUUCCGGUGCCCCCGAACACGACACACAUCGCGACACAUUCGGCGGCCUUCCACAGCGUCGUUCGAGGACGAACUCUGUGGCAGAGAGCAUCCUCGAUCCUUAUCUGAAUAAUGUCCGCAUAUCAGAUUAUUCACAAGAGACUGCUGGGAAUUCUAUUCGCCCGCCGAUGAUGCCCACUCAGAGCGUGGACGACGGCCUCAUCGUGGUAGAGUCAGAUCGUCGACCCUCAGGGCCGGCACCAAUCAUGUCACAGAAAGAUUCUUCGAUUGGAAGCAACUCCUCUUUUUAUCUCUGCAAGGGAUUUUGCAGCGGAGCCGAAGAGGUUGUGGUUGGUGGUCUAGGUGUCAAGAAGACACGAAGGCCGGUGGGCUUUACUGGAACAGCAACAGUGGCGCGCUGCACCGGGUGUGUCUUUGAGCUAUCUUUCCAAGACAUUGAAAAUGACUUGGGGAAACAGGAAUGUGGCAACUUUCGACACGGUGGUGUCGGCUACCGCUUGCGAUUCCUUCAAAAGAGCCAUGUUCACACCAAACGCCCAGAUGAUACUCUGUACGGUUGUGUAUUUUGCGUUCGCCAAGGACGAACCCUGGACCCCAGCGAUGCCACCGUCUUCUUCAGCGUCAAGUCGCUCUUCAAUCAUCUCGCGCGCCAUCCCAGACCACUACCCGAGGUGCCCGGCGUCGUCGUCGUUGACCAGGCGAACGUGCCCGAACAAUACCGCAACGAUUACGACCUGCACUUUAUGAAGCCGCCGGUGCCGCACCCCGCACUGGAGCACGAGCAAGAAACAGCCGCGAUGCCUGUGGGCGUGGCCCGAGAACCUGCACGUAAGAUGUAUGGUCAGAGACUGCUAGCAGACCGCACACCUGCUCUCGAGCUCGUGGUCGGCUCCAAAGUGACUGGUCUUAGCUGGCCAGCCAAGUACAAUGGAGAGUGGUGCAUGGGCUGGUACGACGGCGUGCACGCCUCUGUCCCUCUGGAGACGCUGAGGCUGGAAUCGCCUCCGUCGCGCGACAUUCGCAUGGACGGGACGAGUCACAUCCGAGCCAAGGCAAGAUGGAAGUUUGCGCACAAGGAUAAGGACAAGACGGAGUGGCUGAGGUUUGACAAGAACGAAGUCAUCACCAACAUAAGCUGGCCCUAUCCUGAACAUUGGUGCUGGUCCGGCACAAAUGCCAAGGGCAAAUGGGGCAUAUUUCCCCAGGCGUUUCUCGAUACAAACACGGUGCAGGAGCUGUCGCCUGCUGCCGCCCAAAGGGGCUGUGUUUAUCGCGACGAGCAAGCUUCAGCUCUCUCUUGCGUUGGGAUGGCUUGCCCUGCCAAGUCGGUUUUCUUUGCUUAG